AUGUCAUUUAACAUUAAUAACAAUAAUAAUAAUAAUAAUAAUAAUAGUAUUAAUAGUGAUACAACAACACCAACAACAUUAAAAAGGAGUGGAAGUAUUGGUAAUAGUAGAAAAAGAAUUAGCUCAUUAGGGGAUUCAUCAUCAUCAUCAUCAUCUUAUUAUCAUUCUUCAUCAUUCCAUCAAAGUACACAUAAUAAUAAUAAUAGUAAUAAUAGCAGCGGCAACAAUAGUGGCAGCGGCUUUAUAAAUACAGAAAUAGUAGAAUCAAAAUUAAAAAGUUUAAAUAAGAAUAAGAAUAUAGGAGGUGGUGACGUUGUUAAUGCUACUGAAGACAACGUAAACCAAGAUAAUUUAAAUAUUAAUAGUAGUGGUAGUGAAAGUAGCAGUAAUAGUAAUAGUAAUAGUGGUAGUGAAGAUAAUAGUAACAUCUUUAGUAAUAAUAUAAGUAAUAGUAAUAACAAUAAUAAUAAUAACAAUAAUAAUAAUAAUAAUAAUAACAUUAGUAGUAGUGGUAGUAGUAGUGGUGGUAAAAAUAAAAUGGGAUCAAAUAAUAUAAAUUAUGAAGAUUAUAAUGGAUCAACCAUAUUUACAUCAUCACAUUUAUUAGAGGAUAGUAUGAAUGAUAAUGAUAUUUAUCAACCAUUAACAGAGUCAAACUUUUAUAAAAUUUAUGAAAAUCAUUUAUCAUCAGUUCCAAAAAAAAGAUUUGUUUAUUUAUUUCCAGUUUGGUUAGAAGAGAAAUUAAAAGUUUUUGAUGAUCCAAUAAUUAGGUUAUGCCAAAGUUAUACUGGUAAACCAAUGUAUUAUUUUAGUUUAUUUAUAACGGCAUUAGUUUCUGUAGAGAUUGCAAUGAUAGCACCAUUUUUUUUAUAUAUUUUGGGACAGGAUACAUUGGCGACCGAGUUUACCUAUUUAGCAUUGUUAUUGUCAUUGGUUUCACAGAUACCUAAACGAUUUUUAUGGAGAUUUAGACCCUACAUGGUGAAGAGAGCAAAAACCGUAAAGAAGGAUAUGACCUCUUCUUUCCCAUCACGUGCCGUAACGUGUGCGGUAGUGUAUAGCUAUGCAAUCAUUUGGAUAGUGACCUACUAUGACGAUUAUGAUAUUACAGUGGUACGAUGGUGGAUGCCAUUGUUAUUUAUAGGUUCAAUUUUAUUAUCAAGUUUUGCACGUAUCAACCUCGGUGUACACUAUCCCUCCGAUUGUGUUGGUGGUGUCAUUCAGGGUACAUUGGUUUGUGUGAUUGGUACAGCUUUUAGAAAGAUCGAUAUAUUAGGUUGUCGUUCUUGUUGGGAUGAAAUGUGUUAUGCUCCAAUUAAUUCGGCUCAAGAAAUCACUUUCUCGCAUUUGAACCGUUUGAAUUUCAUAAUGUUGGUGGCCUUGUUAUUGAUAUUUUUAAUUAUACCAAUCGUUUCCGUUAUGAAACCUGUCGAUUUUUGGUCAAAAUGUGAUCGUGUUUAUGGUAUGCUUUUCCCUGCUAUAGCUUUUCAAUUAUUAUUACUUUGCCCAAGUUCUUAUCGUCUAAAUGGUUCCUUAUCAAAACCUUCCACACCUCAUUGGUAUUCUUUUGUUUUUGGUGGAAUUUUAGCUUUAUGUGCAACUUUAAUACCAGCAAAAACAAAAAUACCACCAAAGUAUUCAAUUGUAACUUUUUGGAUAUUAUUUUUAUCAUUAUCAAUUUCCUUAUUUUCUUGGCGUUUAUCUCAAAUAGGUUAA